AUGCGGGUGAAGGAGUUGCAUCCUCUCUGCUGCAUCACUUUAGAGAGUCCACACGGUAUUGAUGAUAAAAAGCUGACGAAUUUGACCAGAUGUAGGAGUCUACCGGCGACGUCGUUAACCGGUGGGUCCGACCGGAGAAAAGUGACAUCGGUCGGAUCGGAGUCGGUGGCUGGGGUCUUACACAAGUGGACAAACUUCGGCAGAGGAUGGAGAUCUAGAUGGUUCCUCCUCCGCAACGGAGUCUUGUCUUACUCCAAGAUCCGGCGACCGGAGAAUCUGAAUCUUCUCUGCCCUUCGGAAGAUGUGAGAAUGAUCGGAGAUAUCUCCGCCGCUCCUCUCUCCAGGAUGGAUAGUUGUAGUGGUCGCCGGAAACAACAGAAAACCGUCGGCAUUGUUCAUCUCAAGGUUUCUUCUUUUAGAGAAAGCAAGUCUGAUGAUAGAAAGUUCUAUAUAUUCACAGCGACUAAGACUCUUCAUUUGAGGACUGAUUCUAUAAGUGAUAGAGCAGCUUGGUUACAAGCAUUAGCAUCUACGAAAUGCAAUUUCCCUCUCCGGUCACUUAAUGGUGAUUUCUCCUUCACUUCACCAAAGGAUUUGCCUAUAUCAACUGAGAGACUAAAGAAACGUUUGCAAAAAGAGGGAGUGCACGAGAAUCUUGUAAAAGAGUGCGAGCAGAUCAUGCUCUCAGAGUUCUCUGAAAUGCAUGAUCAAAUCAAACUUCUACAUGAAGAACGGAUCAAUUUAUUUGACGCAGUGAGGCAGCUGGAGGCAGCUAAUCUUGAAGCUGGAGCACCAGGGGUCGAUGACAAUGUCUACCAAUUAUCAAGCCUCGAACGUGGAAAAUAUAGUGAAUGCAGCACAACUGCUUCGUCUGAUGACAAACAAGAAUUUGAGGACGUGUCCGAGGAAGAUGAGCCUUCCUUCCAUGACACAAAGGAGUACUUUAGUGAACCUAAUGUUGGUUCUGGAUCGAGUUACACUGAUAUCAAGAGAAGAACAAAACUUCCUGACCCAGCUGAAAAAGAGAAAGCUGUAAGUCUUUGGUCUAUGAUCAAAGACAACGUUGGAAAAGAUCUCACCCGAGUUUGUCUCCCUGUUUAUUUCAAUGAACCAAUAUCAUCCCUCCAAAAGUGCUUUGAAGACUUGGAGUACUCUUAUCUUCUUGACCGAGCAUAUGAACAUGGAAGAUCUGGGAACGGUCUCUUAAGAGCCUUAAACGUUGCUGCUUUUGCGGUCUCUGGAUAUGCUUCCACUGAAGGCCGUCACUGUAAGCCAUUCAACCCUUUGCUUGGAGAAACCUAUGAAGCUGACUUUCCUGAAAAGGGGAUUCGUUUCUUCUCUGAAAAGGUCAGCCACCAUCCAACAGUUAUAGCAUGCCACUGUGAAGGUAAAGGGUGGAAGUUUUGGGGUGACACUAACCUUAGGUCAAAGUUUUGGGGGAGAUCUAUUCAAGUUGAGCCUGUAGGAGUUUUGACCCUUGAGUUUGAUGAUGGAGAAGUAUUUCAGUGGAGCAAGGUAUCAUCAACUAUAUACAAUAUCAUACUAGGUAAACUCUACUGUGAUCAUCAUGGUGUGAUGCAAAUCCGUGGGAACCGCCAAUAUUCUUGUACUCUCAAGUUUAAGGAGCAAUCCAUUCUUGAGAGGAAUCCUCACCAGGUAAAUGGUUAUGUAGAAGACGUGUGUGGCAAGAAAGCUGCAACGGUGUUUGGUAAAUGGGAUGAUAGCCUUUACUAUGUUGCUGGUGAUAGAGUCAGCAAGACUAAAGUCAGUGAUCCUGCAUCAAAUGCCUCGUUGCUGUGGAGAAGAACCAAACCACCUCCUAAUGUAACUAGAUACAAUUUAACCUCAUUCGCCAUUACCAUGAACGAGCUAACACCUGGUUUGAAGGAGAUGCUUCCUCCCACAGACUCUAGGCUCAGGCCAGACCAACGGCAUCUCGAGAAUGGUGAAUAUGAAAAGGCAAACUUAGAGAAACAACGGUUAGAGAGAAGGCAAAGAAUGUCACGACAACUUCAAGAAAGCGGGUGGAGACCUAGAUGGUUCAAGAAACAAAGGGAAAGUGAAACCUUCAAGUACACAGGAGGUUACUGGGAAGCACGAGGAGACAGGACUUGGGAUGAUUGUCCCGACAUCUUUGGUGAGUUCACAGAAGAGCAGCUAGCUGAUUCUGCUUAAAAAAAAAAAACUUCCAAGUCAUUUCCAGCUUAAGAGAAGAUUUACAUCAGGACGACACUGGAGUUGUUUUACAUAGAAGAAACGUCUCUCGACAUGGAAACAUACUUUUGUUAUAUACUUUUGGUAGAGUCUCUGUAAAGUCUUUUCUCCUUCUCGUCUUUAUAUCUGUAUCUUUUAUUCUGUAUCUCUCUCGUUAAAUAGUUAAGAUUAAUGUAGGUUGGUUAUAUAACAUUCGGGACAAGUUCACUGUGAUCUAUUUGUAUUUUAAUUAAACUAUGCGAGGAAUAAAAAAUAUCCAGACACAUACUCUUU